CCCUCCACUCUGAAUGGGGAUCAGUCCGACCGGGAUGAUGUGCUGGGGCAGCGGGUCGUGGACGCCAGUGUUGUUGUUGGCGCCGUGCUCCUGGUUCUUACUGCUGGGAAUAACAUUAACCAGGACGGGAGACAGGCCGUCUCCCCCUCAUGCACCGGAGAGUUUGACCUUUACUUUGUUUUGGACAAAUCUGGGAGCGUACAGAAUCACUGGACUGAGAUCUAUCACUUUGUAGAGCAUCUCGCUCACAAGUUCAUCAGCCCACAGUUGCGGAUGUCUUUCAUUGUGUUCUCCACUGAGGGGAGGACCCUCAUGAGACUCACAGAGGACAGGGAGCGCAUCCGCAUGGGACUGGAGGAGCUCCAGCGGGUCCUUCCUGGAGGAGACACCUUCAUGCACGAGGGCAUCCAGAGGGCUAGUGAGCAGAUCUACUAUGGCAACGCAGAAGGUUACCGCUCUGCCAGCGUGAUCAUCGCCCUCACAGAUGGAGAGCUGCACGAGGACCUGUUCUUCUACGCAGAGAGAGAGGCUAACCGGUCCCGCAGCCUGGGCGCCUCCGUCUACUGCGUGGGGGUCAAGGACUUCAACGAGACCCAGCUGGCCAACAUCGCUGAUAGCAAAGACCACGUGUUCCCCGUCAACGACGGCUUUGAGGCCCUGCAGGAUGUCAUCGACUCGAUUCUGAAAAAGUCCUGCAUUGAGAUCCUGGCUGCGGAACCUUCUAGUAUCUGUGCUGGAGAGUCUUUCCAAGUGGUGGUCCGAGGAAACGGGUUCCUCCACGCCCGGAACGUGGACAAGGUUCUGUGUAGCUACCGGAUCAACGAUACCCUGACUAAGAUGGAGAAGCCUUUGAUUGUGGAAGACACAUAUCUUCUAUGCCCUGCCCCAGUCCUCCAAGACGAAGGAAUGGCGGCCAACCUCUACGUCAGCAUGAACGAGGGCCUCAGCUUCAUCUCCAGCUCCGUCACCAUCACCACGGUGGGCUGUUCAGAUGGGACCAUCCUGGCCAUUGCUCUGCUCAUCAUGAUGCUGCUGCUAGUGCUGAUUCUGCUGUGGUGGUUCUGGCCUCUCUGCUGCACCGUGAUCAUCCACGAGCCCCCCCCACCCGUCUCAGACGAGAGCUCGGACGAUGAGGACUUUGACGCGCCCAAGAAGAAGUGGCCCACCGUGGACGCCUCGUACUACGGGGGCAGGGGGGUUGGUGGGAUCAAAAGAAUGGAGGUCCGCUGGGGGGAGAAGGGCUCCACUGAGGAGGGGGCAAAGCUUGAAAAGGCCAAAAAUGCCAAAGUGAAGAUGCCUGCGCAGGAGUACGCCCCUUCUCCCACUCGGGUUCUGAACAAUGGCAUGCGGAAACCCUCCGGCCCACGCAAGUGGUACUCCCCCAUCAAGGGCAAAUUGGACUCGCUAUGGGUGUUGUUAAGAAGAGGAUAUGACCGCGUGUCUGUGAUGAGACCACACCCAGGGGACAAGGGCCGCUGCAUCAACUUCAGCCGGAUCAAGUCCAACCCCCUGCCCCGCUACCCGCAGUACACCAACAACCCCUCUCCCUCCUACAGCCCCCCCUCAGACUGCAGCCCGCCCGCCCCCCAGGGCACCCUCCCCCCCACCCCCACGCUGCCCUCGCCCUCCUGCUCCCCCUCGUUCUCCUUCUCUCCCUUGCCCCCCAUGCCGCCGCCAAGCUCCUCCCCCCCACCUACCCCCACCACCCCGACCCCCCCAAGCUCCUCCCCCCCACCUCCCCCCACCACCCCGACCCCCCCAAGCUCCGCCCCCCCACCUCCCCCCACCAUCCCUCCCCCUAACCUCGCCCUUCCUCCCGUGGCUCUGAAAAUUCCAGCGCCCCCGUCGGCCCCCCCUAGCCCAACCCCGCCCGCCUCCCCCACCGGCGCCCUGCCCCCCAUGCCCCAGGGACCUCCACCUGUAAGAGCUCCGCCCCCGGCCCGCCCACCGCCCCGCCCCACCCUGUAGGGCUCCAGCGGUGGGGGCCACCACAGGAAACGGCUGGGUGAACCUGCGUGGCCGUCUGCCCGCAGCGACUCCCGAUUUCACUGGCUAGCACGAACCUGCGUGCGCUUCGAGCUAGCGGAAAACAUUGUUGUGAUGUCCGGCUCUCUGGGAAUGGACGCGCUAGAAGCUAGCACAACUCUUUUUUGGCUAUCUGUUUUUACAGGGACAUGUGUACACGUUUAGCCCAGCAGUGUGAUUGUUGCCACGCUUGACGGACAGACAGAGAGGCGUCCAAAGGGGGUUAGCUCAUGCAAAGGAGGCCAGUUGUGCUGAGCAACAUCUGCCCUGGCCUUCAGAGCUUCAUCUGGCCUGCGGUCGUCCUCCACACGAACACAACAAGAGGUCGAUGUUCCCAAAGUACGUUGGGCAGUAUAUUGCUAAUGUUCGGUUUUGCCUGAUAACAAUCAAAAAUGGUGAGCAGUCUAUAGCUGAAAAUAUUCCAGAAAACAUAUAAAAGGGGAUAAUUCAGAGGAAUCUUUAUAAGGUGCCUUUCCAACGUUUUAUUAUUUGCAUGUAACAUCAAUAUCAUGAAGUUAUGUUUUUUUAGAAGCAAAUCUUCAUUGUUACUACAAUUUGUUGUAGUUUCCUGUUUUAUUGGUUAGUAUAAGUAUUUGUUUGUGUCAGAUUAAUCAUCUUUUUGAAGUUGGAGAAUGAACAAAAGGCAAAUUUAUCCAGGCAAGCGUAUCAAGGUAGAUGUUGAACACUAAAGGCUUAGUUACGGUUCCAUGUCGACGCAAUGCAAGGGGUUUUAUGGACCCAUUAUGUCCUUGCGGAAUUUCCUUGCGUCCACCGCAAGGUCCUAACAUGCGCCUUCCAAUAAUCGUAUCAUUGCUGGACGCAGCAGCAAGGGCUGUGAUUGGUCCGCUCACUAAAAAACCUGACGCAGAACCAAAACAGGUUCACGACUGCGUCGAAACAUCUGCUUGGUCAGUGCGUUGCGUCGACUUGGAACCAUAACUGAGCCUUAAAGCUAACGAUGACUUGCUUCAUGAUGCACAUUCAAGUAAAAUCAUAUCAUUAAUGUAGGCACUUAGCUGUCGAAAUGACUAACAAACCAGUGCAGGGGCAACUUGGAAUUCUGGCACAUUAGUUGGACUCGUACUGCCCAGUAACAGGCUGGGUCCCAUUCUAAAGUGAUCAACAAUCCAGGUGAAGACUUGUUGAGAAGAAUGUCAUGUUCCCAAAUCCGAAUGGGCUUUAGCCUAAGUGAUUUGGUUGAAACCAUAUGUAUGCAGUGCGAGGAACGCCAAGAAAAAUACACAGUCACAGACAUUAUGCUACCUUUCCCCGGCGUGGCAUUGGGGCUGAACGGGAAAGCAGUGCAGGACUGCAGGGUUGUCCGCGCUGACCAGAGCUGGGAAGACAGCUCAUGGAAAACCAAGACCUUCCAUCGCCAGAUGCAUUGACGACGCGUGUUAAAACAAAGAGUUCUGUUAAAUGGAAA